AUGGCGAACAUCGGUAAAGUUCUGGCCACAAUAAAGGCUGUCAUCACACGCUUGGUGUUCGCUUGCCACGGCAUCAUCGCGAUCUGGCAAGUCACCGUGUUCAAGAAUGACAACGAAUAUUGGUACUUGGCGUCGCCCAUAUUGCUGCUCAUCUUCGAAGGAGUCUUCACGCUCACCGUGAAGAAGAACCAGGAAUGGAAAUGGUUUUGCCCAUCCGUUUUUAUCUACCUUGGUCUGGUGGUACCGGCGAUAUGGUUGUUGGAACUUCACAAAGUGGAUCUAAGACUGCAGAAGAAGACAAACCUUACCUAUAUAGAGACGGAAAUACCAAUACCAGGCGCAACCAAGAUACCAACAGACAUGUGGGUGACAUUGAUAGAACAGUUCUUGAUGUUGACCUUGAUCGUGGGGCGCUGGCUGUUACCCAAGGGUGACCUGACGAGGGAUCAGCUAAGUCAACUGCUUUUAGUGUAUAUUGGUACAGCGGCCGACAUAAUCGAGUUCUUCGACUCCUUCAAAGACGAGAAGGUGGCUACGGAGAAGGUUCUAGUGCUGCUCACCCUGGCCAUCUGGUCGUGGUCGCUGGUGCAGUUCACGGUCGUGCUGACCGCGACCAAGUCGAGGAAGUCCCGAGGAACUGCCCAUAGGAACUCCAGCCGCGCCUGCUGCUGCUCCAUCGAAGUGUGUGCUAUCAUGAUGAAUAUAGCGUUACAGGAUGCUCCAUUUCUGGCGUUCAGGUUGCUGAUCAUCGCGCACUACAAGAUAAUCAAUUAUAUGAACAUAUUCUUCACUUGCAAGAACACUUUGGUAAUUCUACUGCAAAUAUACAGGCUGUAUGUGUUGCAUUUGGAAAAGAUCGAAGACGUGAACGGGGACUCUGUGUAUAGAAAGAGACGGAAACAUAAAACGAGCGAGAGAAAAGAUAGACACAGGGAUAGAGAAGAUAAACAAAAGAAGCAGAGACGAAAGAACGAAGUGGCUGAGACCUCUAUAGCUGUGAUAAGUGAUCCUAGAAAGCAGGAGAGAAUAGAAGGUGGUAGAAUUAGAGCUAUAAUCCUAACAAAUUCCGAUGAAAUCAAAGAGCUGGAGUUGACGAAGUUGUUCAAAGAUCAAGCGACUAUCGCCAACGAGAAGAAAAAAAAUAAAAAGAAACAGAGGACACAUUCUUCGGAAGAAUCUCUCAACAACAUCCAGCAUACAACAGAUGACUCGGGCAUUUGA